AUGAUAGACGAAGAGAAGCAGAAGGCGGUUGAGAAGGAAAGUCGGAAUGAAGAUUGCGAAGAUGCAGAAGAUGAUGACGUGGUAGAUCUCAUCAAUAAAGACGAUUGCUGUAUUUGCCAGGAUUUGGUAGACGUUCUAACGCGAGGACAUCUAUCUAGUUGUGAUCACCACUUUCAUUUUGAAUGCAUUGUCGCCUGGGCGAAAGUUACCAAUUUGUGUCCACUAUGCAAGACCAGGUUUAAUUCAGUCACUCGACAAGAUGCGCAUGGUGUACUAAAGCAGCGCGAAGUCAUUGAAGACGUUAAGCAAAUAUACCGACCAGACUCAUCGGAUCAUGACUUGGCUGCUCAAAUGCAGCUAGUCAAUGAAGCAAGAUGUGAGUAUUGUGGCUCAGGAGAGGACGAGCACGUGCUCUUGAUGUGUGAAGUGCCGGGUUGUGGAGUAGCCAAUCACACUUACUGCAUUGGACUGCGCUCGGUGCCAAAUUCAGCGUGGUAUUGUGUAAGACAUUCUACGGUCCAGCAUCGAGCGAGUGAUCAAAUCGUACGACCAGCCACGACUGUAUCCACACGACGUCGCACGCGCCGAUUGGCAAAUUUAAUGUCAAAUGUACUUCGUAGGCGUGGUCCACCAGUAAGGACACGAUCUCAAAGACGUGGUACGCACGAAUUUGUGGCAGUAGGAGAAGAAGAAGAUCAACGACCAGUGCGAGGAAUUGCUGCGGCGUAUGUCAUGCGGAUGUCGCGUGAGCUAUUGCAAGUGCAACGACGAGCUGAUGCCAUGUUCGCACGCGGCGAUUUAGCACAAUCCUCAUUGUAUGGAUGGAGAGAUGGAAGCACACCGAAUGAUGGCCUACAACCCAGUCUUGGUACACGAUCGAAUGCGGUAUUAUCGACAUUGUCCACCAUAAAUCAAACGUGUGAAGAUAAACGUCGCAACAGGAAAAAAGUUGCAGCAGCGGCUAUUGCAACCCGUGACUCUAGUAUGCAUCAGCAAAGUGACUGCGGUCGGUGCAAUCAAAGCAGCACUAAGAUAUCAAGCUCAUUUGCUCCUGAAUACUGUGAAUUGGCCAGAUUAAUGCAAGACGCUGUGAGUAGUGAUGAUUACGCUUUAUCCGUAGCGCUCCUUAUUCCUAAAACUGCGAAAUUGAGGCUCGUUUCAAGAGUUAAAACAUUUUUCAGUCGACUUAAUCAAAAGGAAAAGGUAGCGGCACUUGAACUUGGCUGUCUGUCGGUUCUUCAUGAUUGGAUUCGCGUGCCAACACAAGGAGACAACACACAGUAUUCUCCCAAUCCACAGGUGCUUAAUACUGCUGUCGGUAUUUUAGAGUCGCUUCCUGUUCGCCAAGAAGAUCUAGUGGAGGAAGAUAGCUUGCAGAGUACCAUGGACUGCUUAUCAGAGCUCUCACAUAUCGGUAUCGAAAUACGGCAGCGAAUAAUUGAACUUGGUGAAAAGUGGCGAGACUUGAAUCCUUCUGUGCUGAAUGAGUCCCCUCGACCUCAAUUAGUUAACCAAGCGCCGUCCCCUAUUCAUGUUACGCAUACUCUGCCGGUGAUUGAGGCGUUCACACCCUCGAAACGUCCAACGCUAGCACAGGGAAAGCGAAAACGGAAGCGUGAAGUAUGGUCAGAUACUGUUGUCGACUACGUAAAGGCAAAACUCUAUCCGCUGUAUAAACAGAGCUGCGAAUCAGGUGUGCUGACUCGAGAUCGCUUUAAGGUCAUUGUAAAAGAAGUGGCCUCGCUGUUUUCUCAGGAAGCAGCAUUAAUGCAAUCUGCAGUACUGUUGCCUUCUGGAGAGCUUUCAAAUUUCGCCAAGUCUCGCAUUAAAAAGCUAAUCGACCAAGUGUACAAGACCUCGACGAAUGAUGCUGCUCCUCGUCUGAGUGCUCCAUUACUUAUGCGUGCAGCACCUACAUCAACCUAUUCUGCAGUACCUUCCGUCAACCAUCAUCGGAAAAAAUAA